AGGACCUUUGUUGCUAGUCUAUGAAAUAGUGAGAAAUAUCAUGAGAAUAGAGAGUUCUAUCAUCGUUGAUAUUUCUAGCUGUGCUGCCGCUGCUUUAAAAGACGUCCUUACAGUCAGGCGGGUUGACGCGGUAGUAGUGGGACAGAAUACACGAGAGAAGGAGUGGCAUACAAACGUCUAAUAACACACGGCAGAGAAAGUUUCAGAUAUGAGUCAGCCGGAGAGUGGAGAAGGUGCAAAGCCGCGCAUACUGGUGGCCGGCGCGUCGGAGAUUCUCGGCCGCUGCAUCGUCGCAGAGUUCCAGCAGGCCAACUGGGAGGUGCUCGGCUACGGCCACUCGCUCGCUCAUCCGGCGAAGGCCGCCAGCACCACAACCCAGAGCUUCCAGUUCAACGUCGACUUCAGCGACGAGAAAGUCGCGAGGGAGACCAUCAAACAGUUCAAGCCAUGCGUGAUAGUGCACGUUCCCUACGAGAGAAAGCUGGGAGAGAUCGACACAGAUCUAACCACGGCACUCAACGUGAAGGCGACAAAGUUUAUCGCUCAAGAAGCAGUGAAGAUCGGUGCCUGGGUGAUAUACAUCAGCAGUGACUGGGUGUAUGACGGGACAACCCCGCCCUACAGAGAGUCGGACGAGCCAGGACCUAUGAACACGUACGGGCAAAUCAAAGUGGACGGAGAGAAUACCCUCAUAAACGUUACUCGAG